CCCCGACGGCCCCGCCGCCCCCGGCCCUGCCGCCAUCCGCGAGGGCUGGUUCCGCGAGACGUGCAGCCUGUGGCCCGGCCAGGCCCUGUCCCUGCAGGUGGAGCAGCUGCUCCACCACCAGCGCUCGCGGUACCAGGAUAUCCUUGUCUUCCGCAGUAAGACCUACGGUAACGUGCUGGUGUUGGACGGCGUCAUCCAGUGCACAGAGAGGGAUGAGUUCUCCUACCAGGAGAUGAUAGCCAACCUGCCCCUCUGCAGCCACCCCAACCCCCGCAAGGUGCUGAUCAUCGGGGGCGGGGACGGGGGCGUCCUGCGGGAGGUGGUGAAGCAUCCCUCCCUGGAGUCUGUGGUCCAGUGUGAGAUUGACGAGGAUGUCAUUCAAGUCUCUAAGAAGUUCCUGCCGGGUAUGGCCGUUGGCUACUCCAGUUCAAAGCUGACCCUACAUGUGGGCGACGGUUUUGAGUUCAUGAAACAGAACCAGGACGCCUUUGAUGUCAUCAUCACUGACUCCUCAGACCCCAUGGGCCCUGCUGAGAGUCUCUUCAAGGAGUCCUAUUACCAGCUCAUGAGGACGGCCCUCAAGGAGGACGGCAUCCUCUGCUGCCAGGGCGAGUGUCAGUGGCUGCACCUGGACCUCAUCAAGGAGAUGCGGCAGUUCUGCAAGUCGCUCUUCCCCGUGGUGGACUACGCGUACUGCACCAUCCCCACCUACCCCAGCGGCCAGAUCGGCUUCAUGCUGUGCAGCAAAAAUCCCAGCACCAACUUCCGGGAGCCCGUGCAGCAGCUGACGCAGAAGCAGGUGGAACAGAUGCAGCUGAAAUACUACAACUCCGACGUGCACCAGGCAGCCUUUGUCCUGCCUGAGUUUGCCCGCAAGGCCCUGAACGAUGUGAGCUGAGCCCAGGUGCCGCUGCCGACGCCGCCCAGGACCUCGGGCCGGGAGCCUCCAGGGCACCUGGGCCCCACCAGCCCUGGACAAGACCCCCGCCGGCGCGCCACCAACCAAGUGUUACAGGCCCCAGAGUGCUGCCUGGCCUGCCCUGCUGGGUGGACUGUCUGUCUCCCUCUCUCUGUGUGGCGUUCAGCCUCCAGCCUAUACCAGCUGUACAGCUCCGUCUCCACCUGUCGCCCCUCACUCACCAAACACGUGUAUUUAUAACUAAGUUCUGAA